AUGAGGAGCUUUCUUGGCAGCUUCGUGCUGCCUCUUCUGCUAUUGGCAGGUAAACGAUCAUAACUGCGCGUAAACGACUAUUCUUAUGCUGCUGAUUGUUCAUUUGUUGUAGAUGGGGUGCAUUCUCAACCCUGAAAAAUCUGUCACCGUUCUCCUUUCCAUUCAAAUGCUAUUUCGUUGUCAUCAGUGGGCAUUUAGUUAUGUGGUAUCAUUUAUGAUUGAUUCUUUUGCCUGUCUGUGCAAAUGCACUCUGAGGACCUUCAAUUAGUUUUUUAAUUCCUAUUUUCCACUUACAUGUUUUUUCUGGCUGUCAUCUGUGGGCUUGGUCUCAAUGGUAUCAUCUAAACGGUUGACUGGCAGACAAAGAAAUUCCUUCACUUCGCAUAUUAUUCUUUUUCUCCACACUUAUUUGAGCUUGAUCUUUGUUUUCGAGUUGAAUCUUGGGUUUAGCAUCUGAGAUGCCUAAAAUUUCUGUAUCAUAAUAUCAUCAACAAAAAUUAUUUUUCUUACCAGCUGUAUUUCAAUUUAUUCUAUUCCGGUGCCAGCCCAUUCUGUUCCCAAUCUCCAGAGUACUAAGCUCAAAUAGUUAGUUGUUUUCUGUCGUCUUCAAAUUGGGAUUAUGUAAAUUCUAAUCCUGUGGUGUUCUCUUUAUCCAAAAAUUUCAGCUUCACUGCAUAACUGGAGUUUGAUCUCUUUCAUCAAUUUGCUUGCUUUUCUCACCAUUCAAGUUCUUGCGCCAAAAAAGAGUAAGUUCUUUCCUUCCUAUACAUCAGGUAAUUUUUAAUUUUUAUAUUAAUUAAUUCUCUUUGUCGUAACAUUUAUAGAUUUUGAAUUUGCUUUAUUCUCAUUGAAAGCAAUACCUUGUAAUUUUUGUUCUCUUGUUUUAAAUAUGAAUGGUAUGGCAGUUGUACAUUAUGAUCUAAAGUCCUAUAGAAAUUUAAGAGAGAACGUAGGUUUGCCUUGGAAAUGCUAAACGAGAUUGUGCCUUUAUAUUUAUGAAGUCUCUCUCUCUAUGCAUAUUUAUGCACGCACAUACAUAUUUAUUUAUAAAUGUAUAUAUUUGUUGUUCUGUUAGUUAUGGUGAUUUCAUUGAUCAAUUUAUGUCAGAAUUUUUUUUAUAGGUAUUAUUUAGUGUCAUAGUAAAGUUAUAUUUAUGCAUAGGAUAUGACUAUAGCUUGUUAGUGGCGUAAACAAUGAGAAUUUAAAUAAGAUGGAGAUGAGUUAGAUAAGUUAUGGUGGUUUUAUUCGAUGAAUUUAUGUCAGACUAUUCUUUUAUAGGUAUUAUUAAGUGUCGUAGGAAAGUUAUAUUUGUGCAUAGGAUAUGAAUAUAACUUGUUAGUGGCGUAAACAAUGAGAAUUUAAAUAAGAUGAAGAUGAAUUAGAUAAGGAACUGUUAUUUCAUACUGUUCCUUUUUCUGGAAUAUAUUGGAUGAAUCCAAUAUAUUGUGAAGGAAACAUUUGAUAAGAGAUUUUUUACAGGCGUGGAAUUGGGGGAAAUGGUGUGGUAAGUGGAGAACAGUUUUCUGUGAGAAGAAAAACCUUUCAAGGUAUUAUUUUUUACAGGGUGCAUAACGAAGAGAAAAAAGACUCUGGGCGAGCUAUUUACCAAUCAAUGUAGCAGUUUCAGAUGCUUGAUUGAUUUAAGUAGUCCAGAAUUCUCAUCUAACCUUAGUUCCUCCAAUUUUCGAUUUUCGUGUGCACAAUACUCUCUUUAGGUGUAGAGUCCAAUAUGGCCUACCAUUUAGUGUACUGAUUCUCUUCUUGGUUGAGGGUUGUGGUCUCUUCAAUAGGAUAAGGAAUAAGCUUUCGGAUCUUGGUUGUGUUUCUUUCCCACAAAACUUUUCUAACCUCCAAAAUAGUGGGGUUGAUCAAAUUCCAGAAAAAUUGCUUUACUCCCUGCUAUGACGACUGAUUUAUAAGUCAUGAACAGUGGACACUCAUGGCUACAACAUCCAAAACGUCUUGAUUGUACCUCAAUCUAUGAUGCAAACUACCAUUUUCUUCACUGAGCCUCAUAAUUGACAAACAGUCUCUCCUCCAUGGACUGAUUGGAUAGCUGAGAGUGUUCCUUCCAUUCUUCCAGUUUGUUCUCAUUUUUGCCAGUGACCUACUUGUUGGCUUUAUCUUGCAGUGUCCAUUUGUUCAAGGUGGCCGAAGACAUUGACCUCAUUUUUUGUGUGGAAGUGAAUAGUACCACUUGUUUAUUAAAAUUCAGAAAGAAAAGUGACUGUUGACCUCGACUUUUGAAAAUAAUAUGACUAGGUGAGCUGGAAUUAUGUUGAUUGAAUACUUGUCUUGAUAACAUUCUUUGAAUGACGAAUUGCAUUCUUACUGCAAAAUUUUCUAUAUUUAUCUAUAGUGAAUCGUGUCAUUAUAUGGGGACUAUGCGAUUGUUUGUCCUCAUAACCCUAAUUGUAUGGAAAAAUCUCAUCUCCAUGUGACAUGCUUCUGGAGUGGGAUUUCUGAGGGCAUUCAUAUUUGUCAAAGCAGGCGUGGUGAUUAUAGACAUUUUUUGUUUGGUUGGGGGGUGGGAACGAGAGCAAAAGAACUCGAAGAGGAUUUUUUUGCUGAAAAAUUUCUGAAGACUUUUAUCGCAUCUCUAGUCAAAAUAUAAAGCAUUCGUUGGGGCUGGCUGUCUCUGAAGUUAAUGCGUGUCAACUGGUUAGAAGGAGCAUUAUAGCAAUUUAGAUUGCCGACUUGGUCAACUUCGACACGUUUUACAGCAAAUUAAGAGGGAAAUGGGUCAAAAUUAAAAAGGAAUUUGGUAGUGAAGUGCAUGAAUACAUUUCAAUGGUUAGACCAAGCUGAUAAACGAGGAUUUUUAAUAGCUUAUGCAACCUACUGUUGUGUAGUUCAUACUUUCAAGAGAACUUGCUUUUGUAGAUAAUGGGCGUAGAUCUUGGUAGAAGCAGCUGGUAUAGGAUGAUAAUCUUCAGUUGACCUAUAUAAUGACUCAUAUGAGGGAUAAAUCAUAGACUUUGACGCCUGAAAUAAGAAACAAAUGCGUUUAGUUUAAUAUGGAGUGAAUAAGUCCAUGUAGCUAUCUUUUAUAGUGUUGUAUGGAAUUUUCCAUUCUACUUAGUUCAAAUUCGGUUCACAAUUGUGCAUCCAUCAUGGUUUUGUGUGAUUGGAACGAUCUCUGUCAUAUGCACUCUGAUACUGAAUAGUGGAAAGGUGCUACAACUGAGAUCUGCGAGUUAUCUGAUUGAAAGGGAUAACAGAAGAUUUGAUCAAAAAUAUUGAGAUUUCGUGAUUAUGACGGAAGGUGCUUCUAUAUCAGAUAGCUCAGUAUCAAAAAGAAAUUCACGUAGCUCAGUGUUUCUUAGAUUGGGUGUCAAGUUCCAGCCUGAAAACAAAAAUAAGGUCAGCCUUGCCUGAUAUUUAUCCGGACAGGGUCGACUCUUUGAAAAAGUUGACCCCUAGGUCUAUUUAUCUGGUAGUCGGAGCUUCCUCUGCCCUCCACGUGGGAGGCUUUCUCCUCUCAAAGUUGUCCACCUCCCCCUCGUGUGUGGUAUUCCUUAUAAAAACCUAUAUGGUACCCAGUAUCAAGGGAUGCCUAUCUUGUUUUGCAUUGAUUAAUCUGGGGAAGGCAAGUUUUCUAUGGUGAUGAUUCUCCCCACUUAGCGUUCUCCCAGAGAGAAAAUCUUUGGUACUCGGUGAUUGAGACAUUGUACCUAUUGCUAGUUUUGAACGUGGUGCUGGCUGUGUAAUUUUGGGGUCCAUAGCCAGAAGUUUUCUUUUGUUGUAUUUCCCUUCAUUGAUGCAGAAGUGGCUUAUGCUACCAUCAGAAAAAAGGCAUGCUGACAGCAUCAGGUCUUCAAAGCUGCUGGUCUAAUAUGCUCCCCAUUUAUCGCCUAGUUUUUUGAUCAGGCUUCUGAGGAUUUUGUUUCUCAGUGCGGAUAAAGAAAAUCAGAAACCUAUUGUAUUUUCUUUUGAACCGCAUCUUGCUUUUAUUGAUACACCUUUUUUCUUUGCACGAACCUUUUAAUUUUUUAUUUGACAUCCUUCUUUCGUAUUUCAGUAUAACAUAAUCAAAAUUUCAUUGAUGUAUUUAUGCAAUUUUAAUUGCUGCAUGUUAGGUUACCAGCCUCAUCGACAUUCUCUGCUGAUGUGGUGCAUAAUCAUCUUCUCUCUCCUUGCAAUAUUGGCGAAUAUUAUAUUUCGCAUUAUUUGGCUUGUGAAGGGUGAAAUAUCUACUGCAACAACUGUUUGGUGGGCGUCCCUUGUUGGGUUUGUGAGGUAAGGCUGGAGUGUCUAUAUCUCUCACAGUAUUUGUCUCUCUUUCUUCAUCUUUCUGUGUCUGAUUCCUCUCAUAUAUGUGUUGUGUGUGUGUGUCCUCAUAACAUAUAGCAGAAAACAUGCUGUUAUAAUAAAUGAAAUAACUAUUCAUAAUCAUUGAUACUCUGCAGAUUGAAAACAAUUUUUUUGGACAAGGCAGUCACAAAAAGUGCUGGACACUUUAGGGGCUUCCUUUAAGAUUUAAAAGGUGAAGGAGAAAUUUUGUUUUCAACGAUCUCCUCUUUGAACAUAAAAUGAGUCGUAAAAACUGUUAAGGAUAAAACUGAAGUCGUUGAAAUUUUAUGGGGAGCUUAAGGUAAGAUAACAACUUUACCUGAGUAAUAAGAACUUGGUUGGGGAUGGUUGGUUCCCCUGUAGCCUAAAUAUUUUUCUUUUUUUGCUAAACUCUGAUCCCAGGAAAUAGCCAUAUUUGCGAACCUUUUACUCUUAAUAGACUCCUAGUAUCAGCCAUUUUGUAAAGAUCCAAGCCAUUUUGUAUCAGCCAUUUGUCUUUAAAUUAGUUGUACCAUCACCGCGAUGUAAAAUUUAAAGAUCAUCUGUUAUCAGCUUGGAGUGUCAAAAAUCUGAAAAUGAAGAGGGCUAACAAUGACAAUGCUACUCUGUGGCUCUUCUGGUUAAAAAUCCAAAACAUUAUACACAAAUGAGCUUUCUGGAUGGACAAGCAUGAGAGGGAAAAUUUCUUCAUCGAAAUUGAUUUUUAUGCAUUUUUUUAACAUUGUGGUUUCUAAAAUCAGUUAUAAGAAUUAUUUUUAUUGAUGUAAAGCCUUUAAGUGUUUCAGUGUUCGACCAUGGGGUUCGAGUUCCAUCAUAUAUUUCUUGAUCAUGCAAUCGGCAAUUGCUUUGGUUGGCAUCUUAGAAAUCUGUGGGACUUUUAUGCAACAUCAAGGUUCUAUCUGGAGGAACCUCUCCUUAUCAAUGGAGAGGCUAGGUUUGUAUGCCAAAUCUUUGUUGUACAUUUUGACUUGGUCAUAACUUGGGGUUUCCUGGGUUGCUAAUGAUUUGAAUUGUAUUUAGUGCCGCAUGGAUUUAUUUUACGAUUCUAAAUUCCACUCCUGCUGAUUCUAUGAACAAUAGACAUUUACAAGCAUAAAACACAUUAUAACUAAUAUGUUGAUUUAAUUGUUGUCUUAUUAAUGUUGCAGAUUCUUUAAUUACGAAAACACGAAGCAAAUCAUGUUAUGACAUUUUGAUGUACUAGAAAGAGAGAAUAUUAUGCAAAACAUCUCAACAUCCAUACUCGUUUUUCUUCAGAAUCAUUGUUUUCCUUCAUUUCUACGUUGAUGUUUAUUUAUUUGUGAACAGAUUUAUCUACAUUCCCAUGUUCUUUAAAUGCAUGGCUUAUAAGCUGAUAAUGGUUGGCGAAGGAUGGUGGGAGCACAAAGGCAUUUUGCCUUGCAGGUGAUCAUCCAAGGAAUGGUUGCCUGGUUAAGAGACUGAGGCUUAUGUAGAUUGAGUGAAAGGACUGUGAGAGGGAAGAAGAAAAAUGGCUAAAGGUGGGAAAAAGAAAAAGGAAUGAAGGGAAAACAAGAAACCAUAUUGGUUUAAGGAGUUGGGCACAAUAAGGCCUUUUUUGACAGAUUUUAUAAUGUCCCUUGAAACUGGAAAUCACUUUGAGGACGAUUGAGGUCUCAUGGUGGCAAGUUAUUGAAAGUUGUGAAGCAGACAAAUGAUUAAAGGGACACUACAUCGGAUUGACAUUAAUUUAUAGUCUAUGGAAGACUCUAAAAUUGUUAUAUAUGUUCAGAUCAAUGCAGUACGAGUCACUAAUGUUUCAAGAUUUUAUGUGACCAAUAAAGAUUCUAAGUGGUUGAAUCCCGCCAUUUAAGGCCAUGAUGAUCAAUGGUACCUUGUAAUGUGUAUGUCAGAAAAAUAAGAAUCAGCAAUUUUGAGAAUUGAUUACUAUUUGUUCAUAUGAAAUCGGCAUUGGUAAGAGCUGGUGUAUGAGUUUUGACAAUUCGGCAAAAGAGGAAGGAACUGGUAGGGCGUUAGCUCUGCACAUUUGGAGGUUUGCAGUUGUCAGUUUACACUUAUCAUUAGUAUGGGAAAUAAGAUGGAAGACUAUUGCUGGGGGGGUGAAUCAUAGGGAUAACCGUAGGCAGUUUAACCUUUGGGGCUCCUGAAUUUGUGCAGCUAAAGCCAGAGUCAACUGAUCUGGCCAUGUGAAAGGCUGUAAGGAGUGAAUAUGAUACAGUAAGAAGGGGCAGAUGGAUGAAACUACAGGAACGUGUGGGUUACCUAAUGUUGGAGCUGAAAUGGCUAGAUAACAAAUUUAGGCUGGGGAGAAUGACAGAACAGUGGAAAGGGUACCUUAUUUGCAAUGAGUUGGAAGAUGAACUCUCUUGUAGAAAACUACUUUUGUCACAGCCCAAUGACAUGGUUCUAUGUCUUGUACUUGUUUUUUGUUAGGUGGUUUAUGCCACUAUUAUGCUAAAAAAGCAACUAUAACGUACUAAGUACCGAACAGAAGACCAAAAAAAGAGCAGGGUUUUCUACCAUGCGACAGGUGGAAUCAACAGAAAUGAAUUCGAAGGAAAGAAACUUGGAGUAUUUUAGUUGAACAAUAUUUGGACGGGGAUAUUCCAAAUUUGUUUCAUUUCACCAAAUGGGCGGUGAAGCUGUGCCUACUUUCGAAAUUCUGAAGUGGUCCACCAUUGGAUGUAUAAAUUCUUCAUUGUAGGAAAAUCAUUUGGAAUGCUAUGUUCUGUAUUAUACAUUGAAAUUACUAUAAGGAGGUUCAAAUAUCUAUAUGUGCCUUCAAUCAGCGAAUUGUAGUCUAUUGGCCACCCUCCAAAAAUUGUAUGCUAGAACCAUCUUUCUGGGAAACUGUCAAUAAUAUAUGAUAUAUCUUUUUAAAUGGAUAGUACUGCAUAUUCAGUAGCUAUUAAAAUGAAAAUGGGAUGUAUAGUUUUUAGGGCAUUUUUCAAGUAUAACUUUGUGCUUUUCAUCACCACAUCUUUCCUGUGGCAGGUCCCACCACUGAAAACAUCAUUGGCAAUACUAGGUCGUACAUCUCACUGUUCUUCUUCUUUAAUACUGUUGGAUGAUCUCUUUUUUCUUCAGACUUUAGUCGUCUGCACCCAAUUUUCAAAACCAAUUACUUCUGCCAAAUUGAUGUUCCUUAUGCAAAAGUAUCAUCACUUACCUCUUCAUCUGUAGAAGUCUAGAUAUUUCGAUGGUUUUCCUUUGGUAUCUUGGGUAUUAUAUCUUCUGGUAAUGAAGUUCCCCGUCUAUUUUCCUCUGUGAAGUGUUUGGAAUAGUACUGCACUGUGUGCUUCUUUAUGUACCCAGGUUAUCACAUGUUUCCCAUUCAUCGGACACUCUAUUUUGUUUCCGCUUAUUUUUCAUUAAAAAUCUGCUGUAUUUUGUCUCGUCUUCUCCCCCCAUCAGUCCUUUGAUCUUUGGUUCCAGUAGACUCCCUCCCUAAGAAGUAACUCCCCAAAAUUUCCAUAAAUGCUCCCUAUACUGUUUGUUUCCCCUGUUAAGGAUCCCUGCUUUCUCCAGGGCAUCAAGUCCCUUUCUCUGUCUGGGUAAUCUAUUCGUAAUCUUUCCCAUGUAUUGCUUUGUCCGUCCCCAUAGGAUCAAUUCUUGCAAUGCUUGCUCCAGCCUUCCUUUUUUUUUUUGUAUUUUUCUUGCCAUGCCUCAUUCACCCUCUGUUGUUGUGCCUAUCCUCGCUCUGUUUACUUAUAAUAUUCACACAUCUCUCAUCAAAUACCUUUUAAAUCCUAAGGUUCACUUGCUUUUAUAUUAAUAUUCGUCUUCAAGAAGAUUUGCUUGUUGCCUGACCCAAUUUGGUCCAGCAUGUGCUUUCCAUUCUUGGGCAAUGAUCUUCCCAUUCAGAAGACACUAUAAAUCCAUCUAGUAAAGACAUAAAAAUCUUCUUUCAGUUAGACUACGAAAAUUAAUUACUUUGACGAUGUUCAGUUCGGUUCACCUUUGCAGUGAAAUUGAUGAAGUCUUCUACCUCACCGUCAUAUUUGAUAUUCCGUAUCUUUUAAGAGCAUUUAUGUCUCCGUAUGCACUUUGCAGAAUCUUCCAUUGAUUUGCAACAGUUGCUCCUACAACUUAAUUCUUGACGCAUUAUCAAUGAUGGAAUUCAUUUGUCAUUUUCCUUUCAUAUUUAUAGUAUAUAUGGUAGUCCACUUUGAAAGUUAAUUUGGUACAUUAUUGACCAAGUCAAAGUUAUUUAUUGGGUCAGGUAGAAUGAGGAGCAUCCUAUUUAUAUUAACAAGAACAUAUAUAUUUUUUUAUUGUGGAUUACGUAUGGGGGAUUUUAGUUCUUCUUAUUUAAAUUUUUGAUUUGUUCGAACUGUCUUAUUGAAGGUUCCCAUGUAAAGGUUGCCUGCUGCUUAUUCUUGCCUCCUCUUCAGCUUGUUGUGGGGAUCAGCCAUCCCUCUUGGGCUUCUCUCCCUUUUUUUAUCUGCAGUUGUGUAGGCCUCGUUGACUGGUCUUUAACGAGCAACUUUCUUGGUUUGUUCUGGUAAGCAUUAGUUUCAAUAGUUUUUGCGCUCUUUUUAAAUGAGGUUUUGGUGCCAUAUGCUGAUGUUAUGCUUGCAUAUAGAUUUCUGAAUUGCUAACUGAUUGUAUUUCUGCAGGCAAUGUUCAGAUAGCGAAAUUUUAAUGAUCACACUUCAUAACACUAGCGAAAGAAAUCACUCUUUACUUGAUCGUUUACAUAAUAUCAACAAUUAUGCUAGUAAUCGCUUGAGAGCACCUACACAUCUUCUAUAAAAAUAUAGCUUAUAAUGAGAAAACUAUUAUAAGGUGAAAUAAAAUAAAAGAGGCUUAGUCAGGUUGUACGAACAGCUGGGAAUAUCCUUAUCCAUUGCAAAAAGUACUUUUUUGAAAUAAGAAUAAUAAAUAUCAAAUGUUAAUGAGUGGCAAACACGGGAUUAAAUUUGGUAGUACUUGAAACAUAAGAAAACAAGGUCUUAAUUCCAGAUCUACCGAAUUAUUCUCUUGCAAAAACAGAAUGUAUUUAUGUUUCAUAGCUUCUAGGAAUGACGGAUAAAUCGGAGCAAAAAUAAAUGUACCUCCUAAUGCAGCUUAGUGUCAGCUCUAUACAGAAUAUUUUGGUGCUAGUUUAGGUCAUAAUGUUACACUUUUAGACUAAAAGAAGUUAAACGAAAAAUAGAAAUAUACCUAACGACAAAUUGCAACGAAACUGGCACCUUGUGGAAAUGGAUCUAUUGAUGAUAGUAAUAUACUAAAAGGCCAUUGGCGAUGAGCUUAUGAGUCUGAUUUUCUCAGGAAUGCACCUACUAGACUCAUUGUCAAACGGUCUAAUACUGCCAAUAACUCCAUUUUUGCCAAGAAGUCCAGAUAGCAGUAACAUGCUUGAUGUCACCACUAGCAAUAAUUCAAAUAACAACCACAUUUAUGAAGAUUGCAAAUGGCAAUGCUAACAUGUUGUUGUCCCAUAUCAGGGUAAAUGCUUGAUGGCCAUCUAAGUUCUAUCACCAAUUGACCCACAUGCUUGCGAAUUCUACCUGCAGAUUAUCAGUUCUUAUCUUUUUAUAAAAUCUACUUAAAGGAAAUCCAGUUUCAUGAAUUGCAAAAAUCAGAUAAAAGAAAAGUUGUGCCCAAAGGUUUUACCAGCUUUGUGAACAAUCUGAAUCACUGUCUAGUGUUGAAGAGUUUCAUUGAUUGUAUUGUGGAUGAAACAACACCUAGUAAACCUUGAUGCUGAUAUAGAGGAGAGAAUUGGGGCAAGAAAGGCUCUCUAAGAAAUUAGGCGCUCACUAUGGUAGUGCUGUAGUUGAGAUAACACAUGAUUUGGACCUCUAAUAGGCGCCCAGCACUUGUGGAAGAACUCAAACUUUAUUGAUCAAAAAAUUGUUUACAAGGAGAGCAGGAUCUAGUAUUUAUACUAGAUCCCUAGAAGGUUCUAGACACACUGAUGCAACACGAAAUGAAAGGUGCAUGAGGACAUAUAUGUAAACUUGUAAGGUAUACAUGUUAUUAAGUACAUCUCAACAACACUCCCCUUCAAGCUGGUGAAUAGAUGGCAUCCAUUCCCAGCUUGGGAAUAAUCUUCUACAGUUGUGUCCCUGAGAUGCCUUUAGUAAGCAUAUCUGCCAACUGAUUAUUGGUUGAAAUGUAUGAUAUACAAAUCACAUCGGCCUCAAGUUUCUCUUUGAUGAAAUGGCGAUCAAUCUCCACAUGUCUGGUACGGUCAUGUUGUACUGGGCUGUGCUCUAGAUUGAUUGCUGACUUAUUGUCGCAAUAAAUCUUCAUAGGAUUGAAUAAAGGAAUUUGUAACUUGUCAAGUAAGUUCUUGACCCAAAGUAACUCACAUAUCCUUGGGUAAGUGCCCUAAGUUCAGCCCCAGCACUUGAUUGAGCAACUACAUUCUGUUUUUUACUCCUCCAAGUGACAAGGUUGCCACCAACAAAAGUAAUAUGAUUGAAGAUUGACUUUUGAUCAAUCGUUGAGCCUGCAUAAUCAGCAUCUGUAAACAUCUCAACCUCUACCUUUUCACUUUGUUUAAAAAGAACCCCUUUUCUUGGUGUGCCUUUCAAAUAAUGUAGCACUUGGUAGGCAGCAUGUAAAUGACACUCUUUAAGUUGAUGCAUAAAUUGAUUCAAUAUACUCAUUGCAUAUGAGAUAUCUAGUUGAGUGUGUGUUAGAUAAAGUAGUCGGCCAAUGAGAUGUUGAUACAUCUCACAGUUAAUAGAAAUUUCUUCAUUUGCCAUACUUAAUUUCUAGUUUGGAUCAAUAGGUGUAUUGGCUGGUUUACAUACAGAUUUUCCUGUUUCAGCUAACAAAUCUGUUAUGUACUUUUGUUGAGAAAUAAAAAUGCCUUUAGAAGAAUGUGCCACUUCGAUUCCUAAAGAUAUCUAGUUGAGUGUGUGUUAGAUAAAGUAGUCGGCCAAUGAGAUGUUGAUACAUCUCACAGUUAAUAGAAAUUUCUUCAUUUGCCAUACUUAAUUUCUAGUUUGGAUCAAUAGGUGUAUUGGCUGGUUUACAUACAGAUUUUCCUGUUUCAGCUAACAAAUCUGUUAUGUACUUUUGUUGAGAAAUAAAAAUGCCUUUAGAAGAAUGUGCCACUUCGAUUCCUAAAAAAUACUUUUGUCCCAAAUUCUUGACAUCAAACUCUUGGGCUAAAUAAUUGCUCAAGUUUUAGAUCUCCCCUUCAUCAUUUCUUGUGAUGAUAAUAUCAUCAACAUAAACUAAUAGCACUAUAACUCCCCUUGAAAAAGAGUGUUUAAAAAAUAAUGUGUUAUCAGCAUUACUUUGAUUAUAAUUUAGUUUGUUUAUGGCUAUUGUCAACCUUCCAAACUAUGCACGUGGAGAUUGUUUGAGGCCAUAAAGGGAUUUCUUUAACUUGCAAACAAGAUUAGAUGAAUGAUUACUCUCAUAUCCUGGUGAAAGAGUCAUGUAGACUUCUUCAACCAAAUCACCAUGCAAGAAUGUAUUUUUAACAUCAAAUUGUUGAAUAUUUCAGCUGAAAAUUACUACUAAGGGUUAUCCACAAGUAUAUGGAAUAGAUUAUCAAGAGACUUUUGCAUCAGUGGCCAAAAUGAAUUUCUCCUUGCCUAGAAUAAACUUUGCCAAACCUUAGGUUUUCAGGAAGUGAACUCAAUAUAGGAUUGAGUAUUUUAGGGACUGAAGUGAGAAUGAACAGGUUACUAGCUGAAGAUGAGAGGGAAGAAUCUACAUGUUGAUCCAUAUGAGUGGAGAUAUUGAUCACUGGAUGGAGAUUCUUUAAAAUAAGAAUUCGAUUCAUGAAAUGUAACAUCCAAUGAAAUAAAAAAAAAAUUAGAAGGAGAGUGAUAACAUUUGUACCCCUUUUGAUUGGUAGCAUAAUCAAGAAAUACAGAUUUAAGUGAUCUCGGUUCUAAUUUGCUUUUUGUUUGAUUAUGAACAUGAACAAAAGAGACAACCAAAUGUCUUAGGUUCUAGCUUAGUUUUAAGUUGAUGGUCUGGGAAAAACUUGGCUAAUGAAUCUAAUGGCCUAAGAAAGUCUAAGGUUCUAGAUGGUAAUUGGUUGAUGAGAUAUGUGGCUGUUAGAACAGCCUCUCCCUAAAAACUUUAGGUAUAUGAUGUUGAAAUAAAAUUGAUUGAGUGACUUCUAAAAGAUGACGAUUUUUUUCUUUCAGUUAAACCAUUUUGUUGUGGGGUAUAGACACAUGAGGAUUCAUGUAUGAUGUCCUUUGUUCAGAAGUAUAAUUUAGAUUUCGGCUAAAAUACUCUUGAGCAUUAUCAGAUCUGAAUUUUUUAAUACUAGGGUCAAAUUAGUUUUUUAUCAUGACACAAAAAGAUUUCAGAACAUCCCACACAUUGGAUUUUUGUUUGAGACAUGGUCCCCAAAUGUCACUAUGAAUUAGGAAGAAAGAAACAUCACUCCUUUCCCCUUGAGAUCGAAAUGAAGUAUGCUUGUGUUUAGAAAGUUCACACACAUUACAUUUAAGAGUGUCCAAUGACACCUUUCGAAACAAAAUAGGAAAAACUAUUUUCAAAGUGCUAAAGGAUGGAUGACCCAUCCGUUGGUGAAUCAAUUGUAUCUUAAGGACAUCUUCUAGAGGUUCUAGAGAUUGAUCUGCUUCCACUAGAUGUGUUUGGCUCAGUCCUUCUAGAAGAUAAAGACCUUCACGCUCUCUAGCGACUCUUGUCCUCCAAUGAUGUACCAUAUCAAAUAUGACACAAACAUCUUCAUCAAAAAAGACAUGAUAAGGUGAGUCUCUGACAAGUUUUUUAAUUGAAAUGAAGUUUGUAAAUAACUUGGGAACAUGAAGAACAUUAGUAAGAACCCCUAGAGCUUCAAGUCUAAUGUCUCCUAUAUCUGCGAUGGUUAGAAAGGAUCCGUUUGCAGUAGUCACUUUUCUGUCACUAAGACAAGGAUUAUAUUUGGUGAAAAGGCUGGGGGAGUUGGUCAUAUGAUCUGUUGCUCUUGAGUCCACUACCCAAUUAUUAAAAAUAUCUCUAAAAGAGACUCUAACUCCAAGAGAGUGGUGAAACAUACUAGACUAAAUUGAUGAGAAUUGUGUCACUGUUGACUUCAGUUUUUCUAGCUCAAUUUGAAAUCACUCUAUAUCCUCAAUCUAAGGAGAAGAAGAAUGUUGAUUGAUUUGGGAAUCUGAAGAAUGACUAGUUGAUAAUCCUACUGCCAAAUGUGAUUGACUGUCAUUUUUUAGUGCCAAAAUUUUGUGGUUUACCAUGUAAUUUAUAACACCUGUCUCUAGUGUGACAAGCUUUCCUGCAAUAUGUACACCACAGAUUAUCACGAAAAUCAGUCUUCUAAUUUCUUCCUUGGCCAUGCUGGGGCUGUUUAGCUUGAUAUGAGGCUUUCUUCAUAAUUUCUCCCUGUUUGAUUAUAAAUGCAGUAUUGUCAACUUCAGGCACUGACAACAUUAAUUUUUGACGACUUUCCUUAUUGAAAAUGAUGGAAAUAGCUUAAUCUAUAUCAUAUUUCCUUUCACAACUCAAAAUUUGACUUGAUCAAAAAUGGAAUUAAGUUCAGCCAAAAUUUUAAACACUCUUCUUCGUUCUAUAAAAUGUUAUAGGACAACAAUUUUUGCAGGUUUUUCUGUAUCGAUGCUGAGAUAAUAAUUGAUUUCCUAUCAUAAAAUUUUCAAUUCUCUUAUAUAUUGCAUCACAGAUUUAUUUCCUUGAAUUGUGGACAUGAAUUUUUUCUCAAGUUCAUAUAAAUGUGCCUCGUUAUUUCUCUGUGAGAAUUUCGUGUGAACUGUUUCCCACAUAUCUUUGACUAUAGAUAGAAAGAAAAAAUCUCGGCUAAUUUGAGGAAUCGUUGUUUCUCAAAGCUAGGUUUUGAUUAAUGUAUCUUUUUCUCUCUAUCUAUGAAAUUCUCGAGACAUUGUAUCUGGUUUCCCCUCAAUCAGAUGAUGUAACAUCCCUCUUCCAGUCAAUAUCUCUCGAACAUAUUCUGACCAUUGAAUCAAAUUGUAUCCAGUCAGUUUGAACUCUGUAGGCAUGACAGGAAGUUCUAUGAGUAAUCUUGGAACACUUGGACCAAGAUUAACUUCCCUUGUGGAGGUUGGAUCCCCCACAGAUGAUGAAGAAUUGUCUCCCACAUUCUCUCUUUAAAGAGGAUGUCCAAAAUCACGAAAAAAUCAGAUUCGUGAAUAAAUCUCAAUAGAGACAAGGAAAAACGGUGCAAGAACUGUAACAGAACAGUAGAUCAGUGUGGAAACGAAGAAAUGGAGCAAUCACACCUGGAUUCACUCUGAAAGAAACACAGCUAAGGAGAAGAUCCCUUGUCGGAAGUGUACGGCGCUUGUAACUCCAGCAGACGAUGGAGAGAAUGCCGACAAAGCAGUGUCAAUUGUGACGGUGCUGAAAAAUAGAAUUUUAAACCCUAGAAUGGUUCUAAUACCAUGUAGUCGAGAUAACACACGGUCUGGAGCUCUGAUAGGCGCCCAGCACUCGUGGAAGAAGAACUCAAACUUUAUUGAUCAAAAAUCUGUUUACAAGGAGAGCGGGAUCCAGUAUUCAUACCAGAUCCCUAGAAGGUUUUAGACACACUGAUGUAACACGAAAUGAAGGUACAUAAGGACAUAUAUGUAAACAUGUAAGUACAUCUCGACAACAAGUGCUAUAAAUGAUACAUGCUUAGUAGGCCGAAAGGUGGCCCAAGUUGGUUGAUGGUCUAACUGCCCAAAUAGCCCUGAUUACUUCAUUUCUCAACAAAUUUGGGAAGAUUUGUAUAUUGUUUAGGUUUCUACAUGGUUGACUCGGAUAACAAGUGUAAAGCAGGUUCUGUUAUGUCUGAAAUUUUUUCAUGUAAAAUAAUAUCUUUUUCGAAUAUCUAUUUUUAGAGAUCAUUUUCCAUUUCAAUGCAUUCUUCAUGUGAUAAGGAUUUUUGAACUGUUAUAAUCAAUCUUAACAGGAAAUAAAGUUUUUGUAAUUGGCAAAUUUGUGUUGAAGGUAAAUUUGUUAGAUAGUGAAAUACAGUGAUAUGAAACUCUGGAAGUUUAUAACAAUUUACCUGUGGUCAUAAAGGUGGUGGCGACCUCUGCUCAUGUAUGCUUGCUUCAACAUUCUCAUCCUGUAUAUUUACCAGCUGCCUGUUGAGUUUCCAGAGAUUAUCACUAUAGUUGGUGAUUUCAUCGGCUUGAAUAAGAUAUCAAUGACCACAGAGUGGAUGGAGAUUUCCUCUGGUCUUUCUCUUGUGGCUUUCUUUUUCAUGGUAUGACUCCUUCAGUACAUAUCACUAAAGAACUUUUUCUUAGAACUUAAUCGUUUCUCAUCCAACAAACUAAAUCGCUUCAGAUCCAACCGCAAAAUAGGCUGUUUUCUGCAUUAUUAUGCUUUAUGUAACAGUGGCUCUUGACCAAUUUAUUGAUAUGAUUCUUUGGCACGACAAAAGGCUCACAUAUGAUACAUGAGCUGGCUAUUUGUACCAGGCGAAAAAAGAAAAAUCUGCCAGCACUUGAGCAAAAAUGUGUUGAAUAGGACUUGAAUUCUCUACAGAAGUUAUAAUUAUUUCCCAAAAGUGUAAUGUAAAAAGCAUUGGCUGAGAACCUUUAUAUCCUUGAGAGUGUCUGGUCUGACUAAAUCAACCAGGGUUGACUCCCCGGGGUCUGACAAUGGUAUAUAAUUAUUGGCGUAGAAUUAUCCAAAGCAACAAGGGUGAUAUUUUGAAAGAUGAUAGAUCUAAAUCCUCUAGAACUUAAAAUCGAUUUUUUAUGCAUAGAAUGCUCUUUAUGUGGUGGAGAAUGUGAUUUGGAUAUGAUUACUGUCUCAGUUAAAUUUGAGUUUGUGGUAUAGUUAAUCUUCAUAGAGCUUGAAAACAGAUGGUUUUUUGGGUUGACACCCUGGGGCUGACAAUGGUAAAAUGUCAAUAUAACCGAACUAGACGAUUUUCUGCAAAUUUGGCAACUGCUUUUGUUUCUCUAUCAUGAUUGUUUGUUUUUGCUGGUUAACUUGAAAUACAGUUCUGUAGUGUUCAGUAUGUGUUAUUCUUCUUUGCCUGAUUUUCUUUAUAAACUUCUGGAGAACGCUUGUUGCUUUGAUUAUUUAUGUUUAUUAAUAUAUCAUUUUUUUUUAUUAAUGAAGCUUUCUUCUGUCAAAACUGAUCUAGAAGAAAUGGAAUCUGUUAUGUCAAUGCAAGAUAGCAGUAUGGCGGAGCACCUUUUGCCAUUAAACCAUACAUUUUUUGUCAGAGAAUUCAGGUAACUGUUCUCUUUUAUUUCUUGUUUUGGUUCCCAGAGUCAAGAGUUCUAUUUUUUUCUAUGCAAUUCUAUUAGAUAAUUGAAACUGCAGAGCUCAUAUUCUUCGUUUGUAUGAUCUCAUGGCCCUUAUUUCCUGAGUAGGCUUUUCUUUCACCAUCUAUGAAGAAUGGCUUCCAACAUGACUCUAGUUUUAUUUCAUUCGAAGUUCAUGUGGCUUCCUAAUUCGCAAUGAAACAGAAUGCGUAAGUUUUGUUGUUGUGGUAACAAAUUAUAGUGGUUACGCAUCAUCCCUCUUCAUAUUAUAUUUUUUAGAAAUAAAAUUGAUCCCAAUAAUAUAGGUCAUUUACGAAUUUUUAAUUUAUGUUAUAGAUAUAAUCGUAAGUCACAUGAUUUUGUUUUAACCUUGAUUGUAUGAUUCUGUUGUUAUCCAUCAUGGUAGGACCAUUUUAUGAAUUGCAAAAAGGAAAAAAGUUUCUUCUUUGUUGGAGACAGCUUUUUGUGCUUCUUUGUAGAAAAUUUCUUCAUAGAUCAAACGCAAUUGGAAAGGUAUCAGCUUAUUUCCAAAGUGUGAGUGGCUUCAAUGAACUAUUAUACAUGACAGUAUAAAGCCUGUUUGAAUAAUUUGAUGCCACUUAUUUGUUGUUAAUUUAUGUUUAGUUCAAGAGAAGAAAACGAAAAUCUUUUCAGGCGGGAGAUGAGACAAGGGAGAAACAGUCGAUUUGUCCAAGUGGACUCUGGUACGAUGUAGGCAUUCAAGAAUUUGUUCAAUGCAGGAGACAAGUGGUGUUAUAGCCACACACUAAUCUCAAGUACUAAAUAUAUUAACCUAGAUAACAAUUUCAUGCAUCCUAAAAAAACUGUCUUCACAUGAUUCAUAUUUACGCUGUAACAUGAAGUUCAAAACGAGGUUGGUGACAUUAAUGCAAAAGGUGGCAUAUGGAUCUCAAUGAUGCACACGAUAUCUGAUUUCUCAUCCCUGAGUAUCUAGGAAUAGUGUGCCUGAGAAUAUCUGUUGAAAAUCUGUAUCUACACCUGAAAAGUUGCCAAUGGUAUUUGGAGAUCGGAAAUCUAAAGUAAAACAAAGCUCUUGACGCAUUCAUACUUUUGUUGAAGGUGAUGAUGCAAUGAUAUUUCUAAGGAAAAGUUCCCUAUAAAUGUUUAUGACAAGUUGAAGUGUAAGAACCUUAUACCACAUAGGUUUCUUAAUAAGAUCAAUAACAUCUUUGUGGCAGAUAUCCCAACUUGAUGAUUUUAAAUGUUUGAGAUUUGCUGGCCUAUCCCCAGUAUGAUCUUUUUGCUACUCAUUGUCAAGUUGCUUCUAGCAGAGGUAGCUGACGUAGAGACUUGUUGCCCAAUGUCUUAAUUACAUUAAUUUUAACCCUAAGAAUAAGUACCAUAUAACACAGGUAGAUAUACUUAGAACACAUGAGAUAGUCUAAAACCAGGUUCUUACAUAUUUUAUUUUUAUUUUGAUACAAGACCCAGUUGUCCUUGAUAAGUUUUUUUGUUUGAAGGUAUUUUAGUUCCUCUGAUUCGAUUUUAAGGGUCAAUAAGAUCUGCACGCCUCCAAGUUGGCUGUAUUAUUUUCAUAUCAUUAAUAUAAAUUUUAUUUUCUCCUUUGUGGAUUGCGCUUUAUAAGAUGAAUAUAAAAUGCUCCUAUACGAAUUUGGCCAAACACAUUCAUUGUGUUUCCAGUUUAAUGCAAGUGGUAGAAUCUGAGUUGGGUAAUGAGCCUUGCUAACAAUGACAGAAACCAAUACUUCCAUUUAAACAUAAUAACCACGAAUUGGUCCUCCUGAAAACAUAUUUUGGUUAAUCUCUAGAAUUUCCACUUUUUCCUUUUCGUUUGAUUUUCAGGUUGAAAGUACUUGGAGAUGUGCCAUCUAUGAGAAAUUUCACCUUGUCAGUUUUGUUCACCUUGUUUUUCGUUUCCAUUCUUUGUAUUCAUAUUUUUCAAGCAUAAAAUGCUCCAGACAUAUUUCAACGCCAAAGGUGGCAGUGUCCAUUGUACCAUGCCGUUUUUGCAGAGAACGUUAAACCAUUCAAAUCACUGUUUUGUGCUGGUAUAAAAUUUAUACAAUGGUGGGGUUAAGAAGCAAUUUGGUUAAGAUUGUCUUGGAUGGCCAGUAAUGACAGGAAUGACAGCAGCAAUAACUCUUCAUCGAUAAGGUUGUCCAAAUUUUACUAUUCCGUCUGUCACAGAGAAUUAUUUUACUGGCUUUUUUUAUAAUUAUCCUUGUUGCAAGUAACAAAAUCAUUUUCUGAUUCAUUUUUGUUACAUUAGAGAGUGAUUUCAAUCUUUAGUACAUCCUAAAAUAUAGUAAAUAAUUAUUAAUUUAGUUAGUAGAUAUUUGCAUAUUUUCGUAGAAACUUGGCUCAUUAGGAAAUCAAUAACUACCAGGAAAUUUUUGCUGUCUGAUGGUAAUAAGAUCUCACAUAUGUUUAAGCUUAUUGAGCAUAAUACCCUUUUUCCUGUCAUAACGUUGGUGAAAUUUAUUGAUGGUGUUUAUCCAUUUACAUAAUGUUUUCAAUUUAAUUGAAUCUUGACUUUAAUUAGUAGACUUUGUCACUGUUACAUACUUUCUCUUUCCUAUAUAUAUAUAUAUUAGUUUAUGAGGUUGUUCUAAUGCUCUCAGGUCUGGGAUGAGGCAUACAAAUGUCUUGCUGCAGAGAUCAGUGUUCCGGAAUUUCAGUAUUAACUUCUUCACUUAUGGCUUUCCAGUGGGUGCCUAUGAUAUCAUUUUUAUCUCACUUCAUUUUCUAAUCUUUUUACUUCAGAGCUGUCCUAGAAAAUGCUUUCCUUAGGGAAACCUUCCCUUGUACCAACAGGUUAAUGCAAGAUCUGUAAUUAAAGGUUUUAUUAGCCUGAAAAAUGUUUAAAAGGCUAUAUUUAAAUCAUUUGUGUCCAAUCCUGCUAAUCUAAGAAAAAUAUAGAUCGAUGUAAAUGUUUUAUGAUGCUGUCGAUGCAAUUGUUGUUGAUCAUAGACAUGGAUUCUUUUAGCAUAGGUCCUUUGUCUUUGGUGGCAUCAUCGUUAUUAUAGAAGUUUCUCCCAUCUAUCUGUGUUGAGUGAAGGACUUGCAAGGGCAUGUCCCUUGUUUGACUAUGUUUUGCUGACACUUGUAAACCAGAUGUGAACUUCUCAUAGUAGGUGACUGGGGACCUGACCUAUAAUUAGAUCAGGCUAUAUUUUUCUUCAAAGGCGGCCAUUAAAUUGCCAAAAAAGGCUGGCAGAUCUUAUUUUUAUGUCUUAUUUCUAUUUAAGUGGCCGCUAUCCUCUACAAAAUUUAUGGAUAACCGUUGAAACUAAAUUUUCCAUAUGCAUAAUUAUCGUCAUCAGUUGUUGAUGUAUACCGAAACAUUGUUGUUGUGUACAGAUAUAGGUCUCAAACUUUUAAAAAGCAUUGCAUCGCAUUAAAUAAUUACAUCAUUGUACUCAUAGCCUGGCAGUUUUUAUUCUUAGAAUUGUCUCGUAUUGAUAUGAAAAGUAAACAUAAUAGUUGGGCAGUCUAAUGGCUCUUGCAUGCUAUUUGAGUGAUUAUUGUUGAACUCUCUAGGAUUGUUCUUCCUAUCUGUUUCUUUUCACUAUAUUUUCGUCCUUCUUUGUCAUUCCCUAUGUUCAGUGGAUCCAUUAGGUUAUUACCGGAUCCACUUAUAGACUAAUGUAAUGGGCCUGGCCCAUUAACUCAUGUAACCUGAACUUAAGCGGGGAACCAAGAUAAUUGAUGUAAGAUUUUGGGAUUGUGGAAACUCUGCUCCAAGAAGUGGUGACUGAUUCAUCUUCUUGGAAGAGUAGGAUCGUGAAGAUUGACUCCUUUGUAUUAUAUACAUAGUGAUAUUUGGGGGCCAGCACCUAUGACUAUCUUCUCUGGAUGCAGGUGGUUCAUCUUGUUUGUUGAUGAGUGUACCAGGUUUACUUGAGUUUACCUCCUAAAAUCAAAAUCAGAUGCCACCCAAGUGGUGAAAUCUUUUUGUGAAAUGAUCUAUAAUCAAUUCGUAACUAUUGUCAAGAGGUUUAGAUCAGAUAAUGCUAGAGACUUUCAAUUUGACUGUCCCCUUACUUUAAACACUUACUGGAUACAUCUAGGGCUCUUUUGUUUCAACAAAAAGUUCCGAGGCAUUAUUGGGUUGAAGCUGUGCUUACUAGUACUCAUCUUAUUAAUAGGAUUCCAACAAAAACAUUAGAAAAUCAAGGUCCUAUGGAACUGUUGGGCAAAUUCUAUCCUCAUGUGAAAGUAAAGAUUCAUCUUUGUUCAAGGGUAUGUAGAUAUAUUUUUUAUGUUCAUGCUCAAGGCAUAGUAGGAAAACUUGAUCCACGAUCUAUAAAAUGCAUAUUUAUUGGGUAAAUCCAAAGCAAUGGGGAUCACACUCUCUUUAUUAAGUGUGGCGACCCAGACAUGGUUACAGUCUUAAUUGUGUAUGUAGAUGAUAUCAUCAUAGCAAGAGAUGAUAUUGAGGAGAUUAAAUGCCUUGGUCAAAAUUAUCUAGGGAAUUUGAUAUCAAAUAUCUAAGAAGAUUAAAAUAUUUUUUGGGAAUUGAGGCUACAUAUUCAAGUAUAUUCUUUCAUAACACAAGUAUAUUCUUGAUUUACUUCAAGAGACUGAAAAAUUAGAGUGUAAAACCUGCUGACUCUCCAAUUGAUCCCAAAUUAAGUUUGGGAGAAGGUAAAGACUGAUCAGGUGGACAAAAGCUCAUAUCAACAGUUGAUUGGGAGGUUGAUAUAUCUAAAUCAUACAUUUCUAGAUAUAACAUUUGCAGUAAAUGUACUCAGUCAGCAUAUGAAUGAUCUAAGGGAGAUAUACACCUGCAGGCAGCAUAUCGAGUGUUGGCAUAUUUAAAGACAAUAACAGGGCAAGGCAUUCUAUUCAAAAAAGGAGAGAAUCAAUCUAUUGAAAUCUACACUGAUGCUGAUUAUUCAGGGUCUAUUAUAGAUCGCAGAUCAAGAUUGGGUUAUUGUACAUUUAUUUAUGGAAAUCUUGUGACUUGGAGAAGCAAGAAGCAACAAGCAGCACGAUCUAGUGCUGAAACAGAAUUCAGGGCAUUGGCACAAGGGAUAUGUGAAGGCUUAUGGAUUUGAGGUCUACUAGAUGAAUUGAGAGUCAAUAAAUCAAAUCAUAUGAAAUUGUUUUGUGACAACAAGUCAGUAAUAGUUAUUGCCCGAAAUCCUGUACAACAUGACAUGACUAAACAUGAUGAGGUUGAUCAACAUUUUAUCAAAGAAAAAGUAAAAACAGGAGAUGUAGAUCUGAUAUAUGUUGGGACAUCAGAACAUGUUGCUGACAUAUUCACAAAGGGACUCAUAAGACCAGUAUUUCAAAGGAUGGUGUCCAAGUUGGGCAUGGAAAACAUCAAUACCCAACUUGGGAGGGGGUGUUGAACUCUCUGGGAUUGCUUUUCCUUUCUAUUUGAUUCUUUUCACUGUAUCUUCGUCCUUCUCUGUCAUUCCUUAUGUUCAGUGGAUCCAUUAGACUAUUAUCCAAUCCACUUAAAGACUAAUGUAAUUGGCCUGGCCCAUUAACUCAUGUAACCAAGAUAAUUGAUGUAAGAUUUUGGGAUUGCGGAAACUCUAAUCCAACAAGUGGCGACUGAUUCAUCUUCUUGGGAGAGGAGGAUUGUGAAGAUCAACUCCUUUCAUUCUUCAAGUUGCAAGAAUCUCAAUCAAGAUCAAUUCUCGAGGAUUAUCAUUAGGCUGCAUGCACCUCAUUGAUAUUGUAGACGUAAUGAACCCUAAAAGUGAACUUGCUUGUAAGAGUGCUAUUGGAAAUAAUAGUUUUGUAUUGGGCGAUACAGAAGUAUCAGCCGUAGCCAAUUGGUUUUGAGUUGGACGACCCAAUAAAUUUAGUCAUUGUCUAUUUUGAGUAGAUGAUCGGAUAUGCAUAAAUGGCAUAUGUACUAAAGAUAUUUAUUUUAAUAAGAAUUUAAAGUUUUCCCUUGGAUUGCAAUCUCGAAUAAUCGAGGUAUAAAUGGAGGGGUAGAGGAUGAAGUACGUACUAGCAGCAUGAAGGUGUGUCAAACUCUGUCUGUCGUUCAAUACACCUGAAACCAAUAAAUAGCACUCCAUACUGUAUUGAUGAAGUAGAAGGAAUAUAUGAUCGAUGCCAUUCAGAUCAGUAUCGUAGGUUACCAGAAAUUCCAGACAAUGAAGAGAGCAAGAGAGAAGAGAGGUAGAGUGGAUCUCAGUAAGGCUAUGGUUACGUUGUGCCUUCUCUCUGAUGAAGUUUAGGCUGAAGGAUGCCACAGAAAAUCUAUGCUGCAGAGGCCCAAGUUGUAGCACAUAUUUCCCAUCUGACUUAACAGUAAAAAAAGUUUUAUUUGUUUUACAGAAGAAACGACUUUGCUGGUGAUUCAAAAUUAGCCUAAUGAAAAGGAAAUGGUAUAGGAGUAUCCUAUUGACCUUGUAGUGUAAACCUAUAAAAUGAAAAAUUCCCCUCUAACGCAUAUAAUAUUUAAGUAUGUUUCAGCUAUGGAUAGUUGGUGACCAUAUCAGAUAUGAUAAACAAUUUUCUUACGAGUUUAAUCAACUACGGUUAAGAAUGCUGUAUGAUCUGUAUAAUCUAACUUUCAGUGGUAAACAUGACAGGUGUUGUUGCUUGCUCUUUCAUUUUGGAGCUUCAAUUUUGCAAGUAUAUGUGCUUUUGGUUUGCUAGCCUAUGUUGGUUAUAUUUUAUAUGCGUUUCCCUCCUUAUUUGACUUGCAUCGGUUGAAUGGAUUACUUCUCGUGUUCAUUCUCUUUUGGGCGGCUUGCACAUAUGUAUUCAAUGUGGCAUUCACAUUCUUCAACAGGAAACUCUCAAAGGUAAUUUCUAUUUUUUAUAGAAUCUUUUGUUAUUUCUGAUUAAUUUAACCAGACCUUACAAAAUUUCAGGACACAGAGAUUUGGGAAACAAUUGGUUUCUGGCACUAUUCAAUUCCAGGGUUCUUUUUACUUGCACAGUUUUGCCUCGGCAUUCUGGUAGCUAUGGGUAACCUUGUGAAUAAUUCUGUUUUCUUGUACACAUCGUACGAGGAUGGGCAGUCCUCAACUGAUGAAAAUGUUGCUGAAGGUGAGAAUGACUAUUCAAGCAGUCCAGUGAUGUUUACAACGAUACAAAAAAGAUUAGAAGAUGAAUAUGUAUUAAUUUUUGCUCGUUCUUGAAAUAUUGAAGUCUUUUUUACUCUCUAACUUGAAUCUACUAGCUUCUCAGUUUUGGUCUCCUUUCUUUUAAUGGGGUAUGUUGCCAUUGUCUUCAAUAGAUGAAGAGAAUUCUCCACACACAUGAAGGCAUACAGAGAUAUUUUUAUAUUUUUGUGAUACUAUUGCUUCUGUAAUUCCAAAAUAGAAUGUUUGUGAUCCUUGUUGUCUCCUUGGAUACAGAGAAAGAAGAUGUCAAGGUAUUGAUUAUAGCUACAUUAGCUUGGGGACUUCGCAAAAUCUCCCGUGCCAUUACACUUACUCUGAUAUUUCUUCUUGCUUUGAAACCUGGUUUUAUUCAUGCUGUAUAUGGUACGUGAAGUCUACUCAGUCUGUCUGUUGAAAAACUUUCAAUUAUCUUUCGAAUUUGUUCUGUUGUCACAUGUUGAUCUGAUAAUCUACUUUAUUUGACCAUCUAUUUUUUCUUGGUUUACUUUGGAAUAAGAUAAACUUUCAUGUGUUUGUUCAAAUAAUCAUUACAGACUUCAUACCCAUGGCCAAAAGAUAAAAUUAUUUCCUUGGAUGUUGUUACUAAAUAAUUUGGGUUAUCUGUUUUAACGUGAAGGAUCUGUUAUUAACUUGAGUGUUGUGCAUAUAUUCAGGAUCUGCACUAAAUCUGUAUAAUAGAGGAAUAAGGUGAAUGGAGCACACUUAGGGCAACUAAUUGGUGAAUUUGUUUAGAGUUCGCAAUCUUGUAAUUUUUUUACAGCUUUCUUGGGACAUGAGAUGUUUCACAAUUUUUUGAUUAUAUAUCACUCUUUGACGAUCCAACAUUUUGUGGAAAACUAUGUGGGAGUGUGGUAGUUAAAGAUCAAAAAUACUUUUUUGUUCUUUGAUAAUGCUUACUUGAUUUACUUACUUUGCAAGAGGCCAGCUAAUAAGUGAAAAGCAAUACAUCAGCGUUUAGAAUCUUUAGGUUGAGAGAACUUAGUAUGAUUCGACCCUGGAAAAUCGAACCUUCCCUUAAGGGGCCAAUUUUUUAAAAAGUAAAGAUGUGCCAAGGUGGGAUUAUCUUCAUCCUGUGUGUCAGACAUCGAAAAGAUACCGUCUUGUGGCUCGGUGCAUGUUUGUAGAAUCGUUCAGUUGAUGUUGCACAAGGCAAACCAGAUAAUUUGUCAGAUCCGAUUGAAUUUUUCCAAAUUCAAUGUCUGUACAGUCAACUUCUUAAUAAGUUACAAUUUGAAGCUAGCGUAAUUAAUUUUUUCCAAUGAUCAACUACUUUUCUAUAACUUUUUUCGAUUAUAGAGGGUCAGUUAUAAAGGCUCUCUUCCCAGAUGAAAAGAGGGGAGGGAAGAUGAACCUUCUCCAGGCUCACACUUCAAUUUUUCUCGUCACUUCCUACCAAGCAUACCUGCAUCUGGCCUACCGAGUCCCUGGUUAUACUAUUUCUCAUCAUGCAAGUUGUCAUCCGUUUCUUUAAAGAACCCACUUAUUCUUCAAGCUGGAUGUAUAUGAAGAGAUGACCCUUCAGAGGAAAUUAUGUCCACCUGCAGCCAAGUAUCUGUAUGAUUUUUCUCCAUUUCUUUUGUCCAAAUCCCACAUUCAUUUUGAAAAGGUUGGUUCCUUAGACCUGACUACUUAAAUGCCCUGGAGAGAAGCUGAAAAUUAGACAUAUCCUUAUUAUAGUAGGGUAAAUGUUUUUUUUCAUGCUUGAGAAGCCUUGAUCAGUUGUUAAUUCCUGGCUCUAAGUCAUCAAGGCGCCAACAUGAUCCAAGAUCUCCGAAUGUCUUGGGAUAUCUAGGCUCUUAGGUGAUGCUUAAGUGUUUUCAUUUUUUGUAUUGUUAGAAUGAGGGGUUGAGAGAAUAGAGAGUCAGAAGGGAAUGUGAUUUAUCAAACGGAAAAGUAGUGCAAAGAUGGGUGACGACCAAUGAAAGGGAGCUAAAUGCAAGCAUUAGUCAUGGCUUCACGGUGUUAAAGAUUAGAGAUGGUGGUGGAAGUCAGGAACUGAAGAGCACAACCAGAGAAACGGGAGAAGAGCCAACACAUCUUGUUGACUGUAACAUUUGGUUAACAUUGCUAGGCUACAGGACAUCUCAGAGAAAAUAGUCCACCUUGACAGGAAUUAGUCUGUUGUGGGUAGACCGAAAAGUUUUCCCAUUCCCUGCCUGAGUUACCUGCCAAAUCUUCUUAUGUGCAGAAAUUUUAAUCUGCAGACCGCUUAGAUUUUGGCUAUCUAAUCAAAAGGUAGUCCAUGUGACUCUUGCACGCUCUUUACUACUGGAAUAUUUUUCCUUCCAGUAUCAUCUUCUUCUUCUUUGUCUUCACUCUCCAUUCCCUUUUUCUCUUGGAUCAGAUCUAGCAAACUCUUUGCCAGAAUUGGGACUACAAUAAGAACUAGAACUCACCAAUGCGGUUCUUCGUUCUGCAAAACUUCAUUGCUUCCUAUGGUGGCUCCUUGGUGAAAUUAUUAUGUAAAUGAGAAUCCAAUACUAUAUGAUUAGAUAAUAGCACUGAGUUAAUCCUUCUGGUUGUUGACAGCUCAUUAAGGUGACCCCUGCUGUAGGGCAUAUUAAGUGCUUAGCGUACAUAUUUUUGGGGAAAGAAAACUUUACGACAUCAGCUAUUCCAUCCGACUGGAGUAAUGUGUCAUGCAGAUUUGAUGGCCAUUGUCUGACUCCCUGGUGCAGUAUGAAUUCCAACGGAACAAAUAUGGCAGUUAUCGCACUAUGUUACUUGAACGCCUGUUACUGUAAACCCUAAUUACGUCAAAUGUACUGAUUUUUUUUCAACUGUGUAAUUUUUGUCAAGUAUACACAUGUAUUCAGUUCUUUGUUAGGAGAAUUAGUCUCAUCUCAAUUAAGUUUCAAAUUUUAAACUUUAUUUCAUAAGUGAACGGUAAAUCUCAGUCCAAUUUCCGGGUCUGGAUUGGAAUCGACCGAUUUUUUACACCAUGCUCAGUUCUAGGUGAAUUUUGCCUUAAGAUUCAUUGCAUUUCUUAAAGUUUUAGGAUCAUACAUAGUUAGGUGUCAUUUUUGUCUUUAGCGAAUAUGAAUCACUUUGCUCGCUUCUGGUUGGAUAAUCAGUUGUAAUCUCCAAGGAGUUGGACUUCCAAUUCCUAAGACAAUGCUUAAUUGGUAGCAUGUGUUCUUCAUGACAUCAACAUGCACCUUUCUGUAAUAUGUUGUCUCUUGUACUUUCUCUCAUGUGAGCAUCCUCAUCUAAUCACUAAUCAUGACAGGGUCUGUGGUGUACUGACAUCUAAUAUAAAUGGAAGAAGCUCAAAUAAGCCCUUAAAAAACACAAUUUCAGUUUUGUUUGUAUAGUUUUGUCCUGCUAUUAAUGUUGCGAGGUUUCACAAACCAUAAAUGAAACAAAGAGAAAAUGAGUGGAGAAAGAUAUGUCAAAGCAGUGGACAACAUAUUAUGGUCGCAUAUAAUUUGAAGGGGUCAACGAAGAAAACAACUUAUAAGCCAGUAUAGCAAGUGCUUAGGAAUCUUAUGAAAAGAGCUUGACUACAUCGUGAGAGCUUUCAGUUCACCCUGUAGUUGAAAAUAUAUAUAAGACUUUAUUUCUGUAGAUAGCUUGAUCCUUCUUUUUUUUGUCUUCUUGAGUUUUUCUUACCGAGCUGUUGAUGCCUGGUUGGUGGUUGUUGACACCUGAAUUGACCGUGUUACUUCUGUCAUAUAACUUUGUACAUAAUAGAUACAUGACUGGCUCUAUAACUUACUGGAGUCAACCCUUGUCAUAUUAGUUUCAUUUUUAAGAUAAUUUGGCACUCUAAAUGAUCCAAAAUGAAGACAUAAAAUCAACAUAAGUUAGUGUAGAAAUAGUAAUCUUUGUCAUCAUAAAAAUCAAUAUGUUGAGUUAAGAAGUUAUCAUUCAUGUACCAAAAUAGCAGUUUGAUAGCUUUAUAUUUUGCUUCAACAUAAGCCUUUUCCUACACUGUUCCCAACUUGCACGUCAAUCGAUGCACUGGAUGUGUGUGAAUGGAUAGUUUCCCAUUUUUUGGUAGUGAAGACCUGAUUUCCACUUAAAUAGAUUCUUCAGACCCUAUUGAUUUCACCAGCCUUUCCAGUUUGGGGAACUCUAUUGACCAUGGUACAUCUAACUUAUCGAGAUUGAUAGAACGCCAAGCUUGGAUAAUCUGUCCAUCCACAAAGGAUGUUAAUGCAGUUCAUUCCCAGUUUAUCAGAUUUGAUCGAAUAUAUACUAGUAUUCUCCUGAUUUAAAGACAUGUGAGACAUGCGAGUUUGAUCGAAUAUACUAGUAUUCAGGUGGGGAUUGGACUUGACGGACAUUUUCUUUGCCCUCCGAAGUGCUUAUGUUCUCCUCAUUCUUUUGAGUUUUAGCUUUCUUGAUUUUAAAGAAACCUACAUAAUGUCGAUGCUCUUACUGUACGGAGUGUUCAUCCACAUAUGUUUAUCUAUGUAUAUAGGUGUGAUUUGACGAUGCUUAUUAUUGGAGGUGGUUUUGUUUAAGGAUGUCUUUGGCUUCUCAAGGAAUGACUACCAUUUGUAUUUAAUCAAAUUUAUUUUUUUCAUAAAACUGAUUCUUUUCAACCUGAAUACAUUUUGGCUGCAGGUAUCUUAUUUAUGGUUUAUCUGUUGAGCCAUUCAAUUAGCAUAAAGAUACGACAAAUCCUUAUUCUUUUCUGUGAGAUACAUUUUACUCUGCUUUAUAUCCUUAAGCUUAAUCUGAUUUCCAACAUGCUGGAGAGAUGUGGCUCUUUGAUUCAGAUGAUUUUGUCACAGUCAGGUAUUAUUUUGUUGGGAUUCUGAUUCCUUUACAAUUAGCCAUUUUAUCCUACCCUUGAUUUUUCUUGAGAAAAAUCGAAUGUGGUUACUUGGGAGCCAUAUAUGGAAUCUUUUAUCAUUCAGUUGUCUGAUGAGUCCCACAUGUGCUUAAAUAUAUGAAGCAGCAAGCCACUAAUACCGUAUUUCUUUUGCGUUGGAAAACCCUAUUAUUUCUUUUUGUGACAAGACUCUCGGUUCUGUAUUGGAGUAUGUGCCUCAUUUGUGUUGUCCAUGUAUGAACUCAUUAAGAAGCCGACUCACAGUUGAAAUAGAAUGCUAGAAUGAUCAUAAAUUGAAAGAGAAUUAAAAUCAUGUUGCGAAAUCAGAUUCUUCAACUCGUAGUUAAUUUGUUUGAGUAUUAUUACCUGACAUCAUAAACCUUUCUUAAAUGGGACUCCUUUUUUUGCUUCGGAUUAUAUCUGAUCUGCGGAUGCUAAUGAGGUAAAAAAAUAUUUUCAAUGAUGUGAUCUGUAACUCUGAAUUGUAUGUUUAUGGUGAUCAUGUGGAGGAUGACUAUUUCCUUUUUAAUUGUAGAUCUUUGUUCUUAUUAUGAAAGCAACGGGUGUGCUUGUGGUUAUGGGUUCUUGUAAUGGUUCUUGGCCUUGGAUUUAAAUCUUCUCGGUUCAGAUCUAUGUUUCUCCUUUUUAGCCUAACACCGCAAUGUUGUAAUUUUAUUCACAUUACCGUAUCCCUGAUGUACCUGGCCUUUUCGGGCCUCUGAUUUAUUCACCAUUACUUUGUUUGAGGAGGUCAUUAGGCUUAUAUGAAAGGAGUUGAGAACCGCUGAAUACUGUAGGAGAACUAGUGUCCGUGAUCCUAUUUUCUUCCUCGUUUCUGUUAUACUGUAGGAGAUGAAUACUGUAGGAGAAUACUGUAGGUCAUUAGGCUUAUUUUGUUUUGUCUUAUGAAAUUUCUCAACGGUAUUUCCAGAAUUUAUCAUAAAUGUUUUGAAACUGACGUAAUUAUGUUUUCUAUGUUGCAGGUCUCAGGGACCAUGCCACUGUGAUGGAAUUCAUGGAAAUUUCUGUACUUGUCUGCUUUUGUGCAGUCCAGAACCAUGGUUCUAAAAUGCUUUUCUCAUUUUCUGCUAUCGUACAGCACACUCCUUGUCGCCCAUUUGGAUUCAGCAUAUUAAAGGCAGGUUUAGAUAAGUCGGUAUUAUUGUCGGUCUAUGCAUCACCUAAAGCAGGAGAUGCUGAGUCUGAUUCUAAACGUGGUAUAGUUCAAAUUUGACGACAUUUCAUUAAGAAGCAAACAAUAUUUCCUCUUCAAAUGCAAAUAUAAUUUUUAAACUCACAAUUACUGCUGUCAUACAUUUUUUUUUAUUCGUGUAGUUCUGAUAUCUCUUUUGAUCUUCUUUUCUUCAGUAAAAUGGGUAGCAACAUAUCUGAGUGAAGUUGGUGAAAAGUUUUUAUCUGCCUAUCACUCAUAUGGAACAUAUGUGGCAUUUCUCACUAUUCUCUUCACAGUAUACCUUGUCAUUCCAAAUUACAUAUCUUUUGGGUAUGUAUUUUGCCUUCUAUUUUGGAUAUUAGGAAGGCAGCUUGUGGAGAAGACAAAAAGGCGCCUCUGGUUUCCGUUGAAACUCUAUGCCACCAUUGUAUUUAUCUUCAGCUAUUGCCUAAGCAUUUCCACAACCUUUCAGGCUUGGAUGUCCAAAGCAUUAAAUCUUUAUUCUGAUCUCGGAUUCAAUCCUAAUGCCUCACUAUUAGAAAAUAUUUGGCAAUCUUUGGUUGUUUUGAUAGUGAUGCAACUUUACAGUUAUGAAAGGAGACAAAGAAGAGACAGCGCGAAAAUAGAUGUUACUGCAUCCGAAAGUGGAUUUUUUGGGUUCGUUAGAAGACUUCUGAUAUGGCAUUGUGAGAAGAUAUUAUCUAUUGCGGUGUUUUAUGCAUCUUUGACUCCUAUUAGUGCAUCUGGCUUCCUGUAUCUGUUGGGUCUAGUCAUCUGCUCUACUUUACCAAAAACUUCACGUAUUCCGUCCAAAUUAUUGCUUGUUUAUACUGGAAUUCUUUUUAUACUUGAGUAUCUUUUCCAAAUGUUGGGUAACGAGGCUCAGAUGCUACCUGGUCAGCACUUCUCUGGUUUGUCGCAAUUUAUUGGUUUUCGGUUAUUUGAACAUGGUUUUUGGGGCCUUGAGUCAGGCUUGAGGGCAAAGGUUUUGGUGAUAGUGGCUUGUACAUUGGAAUACAAUACUUUUCAUUGGUUGAAUAUGAUGCCGGCCUCGGUGGUCAACCAGGGAAAAUGGGAAGAGCCAUGCCAUUUGUUCAUCUUACAUGACAACACUGGAACGGAGGACUCAAAGUUAGGUGAAGAAAGCAUGCCACCAUCAGAAUACAGUCUGUUAUCUGUGAAGCAGAGCAAGGGAGAGAAUUCAUGCCCAUCCUUUUCUGAAAUAAGACCUAAUCAUGAGCCACCUGAAACAGGAAUCUCAGACUCAAGAAGACGCAGAUUUGCCUAUAUAUGGGGAAGUUUUAAAGAAAGUCAUAAAUGGAACAAGAAGUUGAUACUUGCUUUGAGAAAGGAGAGGCUUGAUAUGCAAAAGACUGCAUUAAAAAUAUACGUGAAAUUUUGGAUGGAGAAUAUAUUCAAACUUUUGGGCCUCGAGAUAAGCAUGAUUGCUUUACUUCUUGCCAGUUUUGCUUUGCUAAAUGUUGUCUCAGUAUUUUAUGUAGCAUUACUUGCAGUAUGCAUUCUUCUGAAGAGAGAAGUUAUUUGUAAGCUGUGGCCCAUAUUCGUUUUCUCAUUUGCAUCCAUUCUGGUCAUUGAGUAUUUUGCUAUGUGGAAAGAUCUGAUACCUUGGAUUCAUACACAUAAUGAGACAAGCAUUCACUGCCAUGAUUGCUGGAGUAGCUCAGAACAACACUUUGAUUACUGCAGAAAGUGCUGGCUAGGUACUCCUCUUCCAUCCCUUCCUAAUAACUACAUCUCAUAUACUUGUUUAUUUUAUAUCAAAGGUAAUCAUAUUUUCUUGGGUACUUCUGUAAUUAUUGUCUUUUAAGCAGGUAUUGUUGUUGAUGACACACGGAUGCUUGUAAGCUACUAUUUGGUCUUCAUAUUCUCUUCUUUCAAACUCCGUUCAGAUCAUUCAGCCGGUCUCUUAUCAUCUCAGACAUACCACCAGAUGAUGUCUCAACGUAAAUCUUCUUUCAUUUGGAGAGACCUCUCUUUUGAGACGAAAAGCAUGUGGACUAUUCUUGAUUAUCUAAGAGUAUACUUUUAUUGCCAUUUGCUAGAUGUCGUACUUGCUUUGAUUAUGAUUAUUGGGACUCUUGAAUAUGACAUUCUACAUUUUGGAUAUCUUUUCUUUGCACUGUUUUUCUUCACAAAGAGGCUUGAGAUACUGAAGAGAAAGAAUAAAGUCUUCAGAUAUUUGCGCAUGUAUAACUUUAUCGUGAUAGUUCUUUCUCUGGCUUGUCAAUCUCCCUAUCUUGGUUAUAAAUCAGGAGAAUGUAAGAUGGUUGGCUGUGCAUAUGAGGUAAUUGGGUUCCACAAAUAUGAUUAUGGGUUUCGUAUCACAUCGCGAUCUGCGCUGGUUGAAAUCAUUAUUUUCUUCUUAGUAUCAUUUCAGUCAUACAUCUUUUGCUCCAGAGAAUAUGACUAUGUCUCAAGGUACCUUGAGGCUGAACAGAUCGGGUCUAUAGUGCGGGAACAAGAAAAAAGGGCUGGUUGGAAAACUGCACAUCUCCAGCAUAUUCGUAAGGCUCAAGAGCUAAAACGUCAACGUAAUCUGCAAGUAGAAAAAAUGAAAGCUGAGAUGCUCAAUUUGCAAAUAAAACUCCAGAGGAUGAAUUCUGCUUCCAACUUUAAUGGCACUUCUUCAGAAAGAGGACUCCGGCGGAGGAGACACUCUUCUUUAGCCAAGAAUGAUGAUGGUGAAGUUGAAGUCUCCCAAAGCCAGAACGAUGAGAAAAGUGCAGAAUUUCUGUCUUCUUUGAGCCUUGGUAUGCUUGAGAUACAGAAGAACAAUCUCAUACGUCAGGAAACGUCCGAGUUACCGCACUCGCCUAUCAGCCAAAAAAGUGAAAGCUCGUCAUCAGUGGACAGUCUGAUGUUUCCAGUUGAUUCUCAUGGUGAGAUUACUGAACAUAGGGAAAGAGACACCCAUGCAGAUCCUGAUGGGAACAUAAAAGUUGAAAAAGUCAAGGUUAAGGAAAAUCCAUUAGUUUCUGCCGUCCAGUUAAUUGGGGAUGGUGUUUCUCAAGUUCAAUCCCUCGGUAACCAGGCCGUGACCAACAUAGUAAGUUUUCUGAAUAUAGAACAAGAGGAUUCAGAGUCAUCUGGAGAUUCACCAACCGAUGAUGCACUAUAUGAUGAAGUUGAGGGUCAGAUCCAUGCCGGACACAUGAACAUUGAUUAUAGAUCAUCUGUGAAUUCUGACACUGGAAUGGCGCCCACAGCUAGCCUUCAAAUUGGGAAAAUAUGCCGUUUCGUAUGGGCACAAAUACGAGCCAAUAAUGACGUUGUGUGUUACUGUUGUUUUGUUCUAGUCUUCCUUUGGAAUUUUGGCAUUCUGUCCAUGCUAUACCUUGCAGCUCUUUUCUUAUAUGCUCUCUGCGUAAACUCUGGCCCUAGUUAUUUUUUCUGGCUUAUCGUUCUUGUCUAUACUGAGGUUUAUAUCUUACUUCAAUACUGUUAUCAGAUAGCUAUACAACACUGUCAAUUAAAACUAAAUCUGAUUAUACUCCGGAGGCUAGGGUUCCCUGAACAGCAAACUGUGACUUCAUUUGUUAUGAGCAACUUACCUCUCUUUCUGGUAUACGUAUUUACAUUGCUACAGAGGACAAUAACUGCAAGGAUAGAGUGGAGUAUAGCAUCUGAAUCGAAAUUUUCAAAAAAAAAAUUCUCUGAUAUUGGAGUUUCUGUGGGCUUUUACUGGAAAGACAAGAUUAGACUAAUCUUUUUGCCAAUAGUGAAUGGAACAAAAAUACUAGUGAGAAAUUUCUCUAGGUACUGGCAAUCACUGACAAAAGGAUCUGAAACUCCUCCUUAUUUUGUCCAACUUUCAAUGGAUGUAAACAAGUGGCCAGAGGACGGAAUCCAACCGGAGACAGUGGAAUCGGGCAUAAACCAGGUUCUUCUUUCCGUUCAUGAAGAAAGUUAUGGAGAAAAGAAGCCUUAUUCCUUCAACAGCCCCAGCAGAGUUCGGAUUCAGAGCAUUGAAAGAAGUCAAGAAAAUCAAAAUAUUGCCCUGGCUGUCUUUGAAGUUAUUCAUGCUUCUGUGGGAUGCUCUGACAAGGAAUGGUACUGGACAUUGACGCCAGCUGCUGAUGUUGCAGAUGAAAUUCUUAAAGCAAAAUCUGUUGGGAUUUUUGAAGAGUUAGGGUUUCCAUAUCCUGUAGUAUCUGUGAUUGGAGGCGGCAAAAGGGAUGUUGAUUUAUAUGCAUAUAUAUUUGGUGCUGAUUUGGCUGUUUUCUUUCUAGUGGCUAUGUUCUACCAGUCUAUUAUCAAGAACAACAGCAAGUUUCUUGAAGUUUAUCAGCUUGAGGAUCAAUUUCCGAAAGAGUUCGUACUUAUUUUGAUGGUAUACGUUAUUCUUUUCGUAUUUCUCAACGUGAUAACCCUACGUCUGAUGAGACAAUGCCCAUGCUUCAUCUGUAGUUAUUCAUUGUUUUGCAUUUAAAUUUGCGUUCCAGAAAUGUGUGACAUUUAUGUGAACAUUUAUAAAAUUAAUAAACAUCACUGUGAACUUAUUUCUCUUAUGGUUUUCCCCUCUUUGCAGGCCCUCUUUUUCUUGAUUGUACUUGAUCGUGUCAUCUACCUGUGCUCAUUUGCCACCGUAAAAGUUGUAUUUUAUCUUUUCAAUAUUGUCUUAUUCACAUACUCUGUCACAGAGUAUGCUUGGUAUCUCAAGCCCCCACGUCAACAUCUGGGAGGAUUAGCCCUUCGAGCCAUCUAUCUCACAAAGGCAUUAUCUCUGGCAUUACAGGCCAUACAGAUACAGCACGGAAUUCCCCAUAAAAGUACCUUGUAUAGGCAGUUCUUAACAAGUCAGGUUACACAAGUUAACUACUUGGGUUUUCGUCUGUAUCGUGCUCUACCAUUUCUCUAUGAGCUUCGAUGUGUACUCGAUUGGUCCUGCACAUUGACAUCUUUAACAAUGUAUGACUGGCUAAAGGUGAGAUUAUGAAUCAUUUGUUGCCAAUAUCUUGUUACCGUUAGUUGUUUCUGAAAAACAAUGCUCAACACUUUUUUUCAAAUAUGCAUUUUUUCCCCUCAGAAUGAAACCUACGGUUUAGUUGAAUGCAUGCUUUUGUGAAAAUUGAGAAGCUUAGAUUAUAUAAGUUUGAGUUGUAUUUUGGCAUAUGUUAUAAUUGGAAGUGUUAGUUUACAUGAAUUUUGGGUAUAUUUUUGUUUUUGUUGAAAUUGGGUAGCUAUCUUUUCAUAGUGCCUGAACGAAUGAAAGACGGUGUUACAAUAUGCAGCGAGAUUAUGUCCUUCUUUUUAUUACAGUAACUAUCGUGAGGAAAGUCAAGAAGAGUUAAGUUCCUGGCGCAUCUGUGUAGGGAAAGAUGGCAUAAAUUUUAUCUGACGCAAUCUGGUCCUUUUAUAAUAAGAUGGGCUUCUUUCAUCCAUUCAAAGCAUGCUAUAAGUGAGCUGCUUGUUCGCCACUUAACAAACUUAUUUGAUGCAUUCGUAUCUUCUCUAACCUGUUCUUUAAUUUAUAUUUAGUUGGAGGAUAUCAAUGCAAGCUUGUAUCUUGUCAAAUGUGAUGCGGUUUUGAACAGAGCAGGCCAUCAGCAAGGGCAAAAACAAACCGUAAUGACCAAAUGCUGCAGUGGGAUAUGUUUAUUCUUCGUACUGAUCUGUGUUAUCUGGGCGCCUAUGUGGGUAAGUAAAUCAUUCUAGAUUUAAUUGGGAACUUCGUCAUGGUUUGUCUUCAUAUUUUAUCAUAUUUUCAUUAUUAAAUUGUUUUUUACUUCCUUCCAUAUACUGUUUGAGGUUGGUCAAUAUCUCUCGCUCAAAUUGUCACUGCCAAUAAAGAAAUGGUCCAUGGCUUCGUUACCGAUGGUUGGUCAGUGAGAAUGAACUACUCAUAGUAGUAGACUGAAAGUUGAUGACUCAUUGUCACGAGCAAUAUCGGUUCAUCAUUGUUCCAGCAGUGCGUUGAACUAGGAAUGUACAAUCAACCUAGGUCUUGGUCCAGAGUCAUGGAUAUACUGUGUGUUGACAGCAAGUUAGAAGUUUCAUACAAACAUCUUAAUAAUGCUACAUCAAAGUUCUGAUUUUGACAUCAAACGGCUCAGUUUGCCUUUUUUUUUUUAACUUAUCCCCAGAAUAUCAUUCACUUUCUUUACUGUCGUGUCAUCUCAACUGCGGGGAAGUCACUUUUUAGGCUCCCCUCGCAUGCAGCCUAAUUCUGCCACCGAGAUUGUAGUCCUAGUGAAAAAUAGUAGAUUCAGCCCCUUUUCUGAGUCAUCCCAAGAGGUCCAUACUUUUCAGCCGAACGUGACACCGACACAAACAUCCUGUGAUAAAAAUCAUUAAUAAUGCAAUGUGACGAUCAAAUCCAAGGCCGUUGCAGCAGUGAAUUCAUUUGAUCGAUCUCACUAGGGUAACAUAUGGUUAGUGCGUAGUGCCCUCAUGCUUGAUAGUUUCCAUUGUUGAAGUGUCAACAGUAGUGCUGGCCUAAAGUAUUAGAUCUCUGACUCGAUCAUUUUCAGUAUUUGUCAAAAUCAUCUUGUCUGUCUCCUACUAUUGAAUGUGACAGUAUCAUGGUUUAUUAUAAUGAAUUUCUAGUAGCAGCAUCGAGUUAUUAAUCUUUAUAUUGCUUAUUACGUCAAUCUAUCAUCCUAGAAGGUUACUUUUGUAUCCCCAAUGGAAUUGAUGAUAUAUAAGGAUCAAGUUUUCUCCUUAACUAUGAUGAAUUCGACAGUUAGAAGAUGUUUCUAGCAUCAUUUUUCUAUUUUCAUAUUUACGGUUCAUCCUAUGAAUUAUACACAUACUGGAUAAGUGGGUUUGUGAAAAUUUAGUUCCUGGCAAAAUAUGUUGAAUUUGACAGUCAGACAAGGUGGUAUUUUCGGUUAUAAAUGGUAUUCCCAGUUAUCCUCUACCCUGUACAGUUCGUCCUCGAAACCUCAAUUUAUAACUCCGAUACAAGUGAUGAUGGAUAAGAAUACUAUGCUGUGACUUUAUAUGUCGAGUUUGAUUCAUCAUGCUGGAUAUUUACGGUUAGAAUUUUAUUGUUUCAGAUCUACAGCAAUGUCAAUCCUACAAACAUUGAAAAUCCCAUUAUGGAUGCCAGGGUCCAGAUUGAAAUUAAAACAGAUGGCGGAAGAUUGACUAUAUAUCAGACAAGUAUGUGUGAGAAAAUAGACUAUUCAGAUAUCCAUUCCAAUCUUGACCCUGAUAAUUUAUUAGAUUCAUACAAUAUGAGGGAUAUUCAGUUGAUCUGCUGCCAAGAAGAUGCAAGCUCUUCAUGGCUGGUUCCUUCUGUGGUGCAGAAUAGAUUUAUCAGGUCGAUUGACCACAAAAUGCAGCUUAUCUUUUCAUGGGUAUUGACGAGGGAUAGGCCAAAAGGAAAGGAAACUGUGAAGUAUGAAUCAUCUUGUGGUCCUCAAUGUACUAACUCUUCUUCUGUCAAAGAUGUUCUGAAUGGAACUGCUGACAGUUUCAGAGUAGAAGACAUUUAUUCCAGGUUCUUCCAAGUCACAGGCUCUGGUGAAGUGCGGGUUCUUAAGCAAUCAGUAUGUAAUGUGAUACAUUGUAGUUUCCUUUGAAUAAUAAGAUGAAUGUUUAUGCUCCUGUUGACCGUGAUAAAUCGAUUAUGACAAUUUCUUUCUAAUUCCCUAUCAAUCGGUAUGCUUGCAGAGGAAUUCUGUCGCUGGUGAUAUUUCUCUAAACAAAGGAAGGCCUUCAUGGUGGUCCUUCCGUGAUGUACACGCACCAGAUGUGGAAGAAUGCACUGAUCUGACUGGUCCAAUGGCUAUCAUUGUCUCUGAGGAGACACCACCACGUAUAUACCCUUGACUAGCAUCCUUGGUGUUUUUUUAUUUUUUAUGAUAGAAAAUGAUAGAUUACUUUUUUACAUCUUUCUUGGUUCUAGAAUUUCUCCCACCGUAGAGUUUAUUCACUCAAACAGUGUGAAGAAACGCAAAAACACCUUUGGCGAGGAGAAUCACUGUUAUGAUUUGGAUCCUAAAUUGAAAAGCUGAUAUAGCUAGCUGCGACUCACUGAAUGCGGAUUAUGUCGAAGUUCUUCAGGGUUCAUUAGAGGGUAAUCUGGCAUUACAAUGCCUUCAAACAAUUGGGCUUUACGAUAUUCAACUGGAUAGGCACUUUCAACUGUAAUGAUCAGUAUUCUACUUGCGUUUUAGUUUCUCUAGGUUGAAGAUAACCUGAAUUAACUGGAAUACUGAUCAUUACUGUUGCAAAGUGCAUAUACAGUUGAAUAUCUGAAUGCCCAGCUGUUUCAAAGGAUUGUAUAACGAGAUUACCCUCAAAUGAACUGCGCCUGCUGCUGAUCUGGGUUUAUGUUGCCCUAACAACAUAAAAUUUGAUUCCGUUAAAUGGUUCAAAUGGAUUAUAAGAAAGUGAACUAUGGAAAGAGAAAUGUAUUGUGUAGGGCUAUCCAACCUAAAGGGACUUUAGAGAUCGAUGGUGCUCAAAUAUAUUAUUUCAUAUGAUAAGUUGAAUUCUAUCUUAUAUCCUUGCAGUCCUCUUUUACCAUUCCUUUUUCCUUAAUAUCGGUUCGCAUUCUUUUUUCAGAGGGUAUACUUGGUGAAACUCUCAGCAAGUUCAACAUCUGGAGCCUUUACCUUACCUUUGUGCUCGCAGUCGGACGGUUCAUUAGACUCCAAUGCGCUGAUCUAAGGAUGAGAAUACCAUACGAGAAUCUUCCAUCUUGUGACAGGUAAUGACUUGAUGUACAACUUUGUUUUGUUAGUUUGCAAAUAGUAAACAUUUUUGUCCUCUAAACAGAAAGGGAAAGCUCAAUUCAAGCUUCAGAGCGCCCCAUAUGCAUGUUCCUGAUGUGAAUCUUCUCUGUUCUCAUGCGUUUCUUAUCGGGGAGGAAUGAGUUGUUAAACCAUAAAUAAAUAAAAAAGAUUGGGUAUCGGACAUUAAAAUGUCACUAACAUAUUUUAGAAGCAUUUGCAGUAGUAAAUUUUUUCUUACGCUGGAGUUUGGCUUCUUUCAGAAGAGUUGUGGAACAAGCUAUGUUCAUGAUCAACCUUUUUUUCUGUAGGUUGACAGCAAUCUGCGAGGACAUUUAUGCCGCAAGGGCUGAGGGCGAGCUGGAAGUUGAGGAAGUCCUCUACUGGACACUCGUAAAAAUCUACAGGUCGCCCCACAUGCUCCUCGAGUACACAAAGCCUGACUAG